UAAACCCAAAACUCUCCACAGCAUUUUUCCCAAUUUUCGUACAUUUGGGCUUUUUUCUUGUUUCUUAAACAGCUUGGUCCGCAAUGCAAAGCUCACUGUCGUUCCUCUCUGUGGCGAAGCCCCUCUCAGUCUCAUCUCCGGUUCGCAUCAAGUGUUCAUUGUUCACCGCCCCAAGCACCACCGACCCCAAUUCAAUGGCAGCUUCCGGUCCCAAGUGGGCCCAGAAGACCAUAACUCUGCCUCCCCAGAGAAGAGGCUGCCACCUCAUCACCCCUAAGAUAAUGAAGGAAAUCGGGCAGGACUUGUCUGGAUUCAACUGCGGACUUGCUCACCUCUUCUUGCAACACACAAGUGCUUCUCUUACUAUCAAUGAGAACUAUGACUCUGAUGUUCGUACCGAUACAGAGACAUUCCUUAAUAGGAUAGUUCCUGAGGGGGCAUCUGCACCGUGGAGACAUACCCUUGAAGGCCCAGAUGACAUGCCGGCACACAUUAAAUCAUCAAUGUUUGGCUGCCAACUGUCGAUUCCAAUCACAAAUGGGAAGCUUAACAUGGGAACUUGGCAGGGAAUAUGGUUGUGUGAGCAUCGUGACGAACCUACCGCUCGGAAAGUUGUGGUCACGCUUAAUGGAAUAUGAGAUGCUGCAAUUUGGAACUUCAUGGUUUCUUUCAUCCAGUUUGCCAAUGAAGUUGUACUUAAGCAUCUACUCUGUUAAUCAGAUGUUUACAUGCUACUGUCUGCAACUUCUAUAACUGAAUAUCUGAUAUUACUAAUGAUACCUUGGUACUUGUAAAAACUUUA